CAGGUUCUCGUAGCCCAACUCUCUUCGUUACCAGAUCUCAUUUACAAUCGGCGACAGCGCGAUACUCCGGCAACGUUUCGCCCGCGACGGUACUUCCCGAUGCUUUGCGAUGGUCUAUUUGACAGUUUGUUCCGCACCGAAACUCCUGUGGGGCAGUCGCGGGUCUUUCGGAUGUUUGCAGACAAGCUCACACGUAUUGGGCAAGCACAAGCCCUUGUUCAGAGCUGGAUGCGAUUUAUUGACUCCAAGCCGAACACAAAGAUGAACCACGUGCUGUUCCAAAGCCUUCCAGAGUCGUGCCAUGAACAGAUUUUGCUCCAGAUUGCAAGUGAAAAGACUCCGCGUUCGCCACCCGCUAAGCAGGCGCUGUGUCUCCCAAAGUACAGGCUUCUAGCUCAAGUUCCCCCGGACCUGUGCGCCAAUAGGCACUUUCAAUACGUGGUUGCGCACAAGUUGCUCCUUCGGAAGCCGAUAGACGACCUUUUCUUUUGGCGCGCACUGGUUGACGUACUGGCGCUAUCCGAUGAUGACCGGUCUCCGUUAGCAUCCGUGUUUGAUGUGGUACUUUCGCGCUGGAGUCAAAGCGAUUUUGCAGUCAACACUGAGUAUACCGUCAAUGCCUCCGUGUGCUUUUUCCUUCGCUACAGCCUACAGAAGCUUACGAUGAGCGAUGGAGGGACGUCAUUUUCCCAGCAAGACUGGAUUACAAAGCUUUGCAAGGGAGUUCAAGAUCAUAUGAGCCACUCGCUGGAGCGUGUACGAGCGUUGGGAAUGCGUGUGGGGGAGAGCUUGUCGCACGUUAUUGCAUCUGAGAACCCGCUGGACUUCGGGCUUGAGGAUGAAGACCCCCUGACGAUUUAUGGAUGCCCCGUGCUACCUGAGGAGCUCGAACAAGGCAUCACAGACCUGAAUUUAGGCGAGACUACGACGAAAGAUUCGCCGCGUGAUACCCAGUCCAGCUCCAACCGUAGCUCCAGUAGUGAGAAUCGAGUCCACAGGAAGAGCCCCGACAAGCGCCAGUCCAAGCCUUUUGCCCUUGAUCCGGACGAGUUGGUGCUCAGUGACGACGAGGAUGCAGACGCUUCGGACGUUGAUGUCGAUUCCGAAUCCAGUGUCGACGGCGACGAGUCUGACUCCGAUAUGAGCCUAGAAGCCUACGACUUGCAGGACGACGAGGAAGACCUAACAGCCAAGCGGCCACUGUAUCUGAAGGACCUGGUGGCGGGUCUUUUGUCGGACGAUGGUCGCGAGAAAACGGAGGCUGCAUUGAACGAAGCUGAAACGUUACUGCGUCGUCGGCCGCGAGAUCUGAACGAUAAAGCCCACGACGUUGUCAGGGCGCUGCUGCGACUUGAAGACAAGUUCAGCACACCACAAUUUACCAAGCUGCGCUCCCAGGCACUCGCUUCGGCGUGUGCCCUGGCACCGACUGCGACAGUGCCAUAUCUGUGUAGUCAGGCACUGGAGCGUGAACAGUUGCUGCAGUCCCGCAUUGACGCGCUGCAGGCGAUGACCUCGGCCGCCCAGGAACUGUCCGAGCGAGGUGGUGGGUACCGGCGAGCACAAGCCCCUAAGGCACUGCUUCAGGAGGAGGUUAACGCGGCAACAAGCGACUUGGGAACGCGCACGAUGCAGAGCCUGAAAACUCGUCGCUGGGGCUACCGCCGUGACCCGCUCGCUGCACCGAAGAGAAACGGGUUCGCUCCGUACGUGCUGGAGUUCUUCUCACCGCUGCUCUUCGGGUACGUCGAGUAUGUGCGAAAGCACUCGGCCGGAUCGGGGAAGCCCCGCAGCGAAGUGGAGCAGACGUUUUUGGCGCAUUUGCUGCACGCUCUGGCGAGCUUUGUGGAGUGCGCGGGUCACGCGCCGCAGAGCUUGGCCAUGGCCAAGUGCCUGCUCGAGCUCGCGUGGAGCGAGCGCUCCAACACCAACGCCGAGGUGCGUCGCCAAGUCCUGUUCAGUCUGAGUCGCGUGCUGCUGGUGGUGCCUCCGAACUUGCUGCGGCGGGAGGUGGGCGAGGCUCUGGCGGAGGUCGCACCGUGGCUGCACCAGGUGCAGAACCACGACCCCGACGCUGGCUGCCGCGAGGCGGCUCGGCUGCUGAGCUCGUUCGCUUCCGCACCGCUGUCGCUCGCAUAG